AUGGCGAACCAGGCAAUCCUACGUCUUACCAGGGAAAUCAGACAGUUUCAACAAGGCACAGACCUUUCUCUAGCUGUACAUUACGAAGAUUCCGAUAUCCGCAAUGUAAAUGCUCUCAUUCUCGGGCCUCCAGAUACCCCUUACCAAUUUGGUUUCUUUGAGUUCUCCAUCAAAUUCGGAAAAGACUACCCAACCAAUCCUCCUCAAGUCCUUGCAAUGACAACAAACGGCGGCCGUUGUCGAUUCAACCCCAAUAUUUAUGCCACUGGCAAAGUUUGCUUUACAUGGCGUGGAACACGUGGAGAACAGUGGUCGUCUGCACAGGGGCUCGAGUCCAUUUUAAUCUCAAUACAGAGCUUGAUGUCCUCCAACCCCUACGAAAACGAACCCGGUUAUGCGGACGCAACGUCGGAACACGAUAAACGAAAUUCAGAACAGUAUACUGCAAAGAUCCGCCACGAGACCCUUCGACUUGCGGUAAUUGAGCCGCUGGAAGCCUCCUUGGGCAUCACCCCUGCAAGCGAGGCGAAUGCUUCACUGAGUGAUAACGAGGAACGGGAACUGUUAGAGGACGACAAGCCUUCUCCCGUACCAUUUGUCGAUUUGCGCAAGAGACGUUUUAUGUGGUACUUUGAUUCGUACAUGCAGUCAAUCGAUGCUGCGAUGCUGGAAACCCCGGGAAAACAAAAGUUUACAAGGAUGCCCUUCGAACAGAGUAACAAUGCGAUGAAUGGCCACUUCGAUUACGCAGAGUUGAAACAGCGAUUAACGGCAAUCAAAGCGAGAAUCAUCGAGGAGACCUCCAGCUGGGCUGCCGAAGGGCUAGUAGCUAAAGAGCAGGAGUUGGGUAUUGCAGUGAGCUUACAGCGCCAGUAUGAACAGAUUUUGGAGAGUAUCAAAAACCAGAAGAAUUUCGCCAUCGAUUUGAACUUGGUUAACGAGAACCCCUUCUUGUGGAAGCUUACCUACUUUGGCAAGCCCAUGACGCAUCUAGAUGGCGGCAUCUUCGAAAUCGACAUAUUUUUGAGCCCGAAAUUCCCAGAGGUACAGCCGCGAGUGUCCUUGAAGACUUCUUUUUUCCAUGUCCGUGUAAGUCAAGAUGGCGUCUUGUGUUAUAUUCCACAUCGGUCGGAGGAGAUGCGGUACCACAUCGAAGGGAUUGUGGCAGCCCUGGAGGAAGAAAACCCGCCUUAUGACCCGCGUACCACAGUGAACCCCGAAGCUUUCCGAUUGUUCUGGGGCACGCCGGAGAAUCGGAAGAGAUACAGCCGGCAGUUGAGGCGCUCAGUUGAGAAAACCUUGGAGUAG